AUGAAAAAGGUCAAGAAGUCCUCGCGUGGUAUAAUGCAGCAAGAAGGCCACAUCAACUGGAUUUUGGCCUGCAUUGAUUCAACUCCUAUCGCAUUCUUUAGACACAUAUUCCCAUCACAUAGAGUUCAAGCAACCAACAAAUAUCAUAAUUUGCUCAACUUGGCCAUACGUCAAACAGGUGAUUGUGAAUUACGAGACAAACUCAAGAGAAUGAAAGAAGUUUUGGAUGAAUCAAGAAUGCUACAAGACUGGGAAACAUGGAUGCAGGAGAAAGCUGCGAUCCUAAUUCGUUGUUCCAUACGCAAUACAAGCAUAAACCUUCAUGAAGAAACAAACUCUUUAGCACGAAACAAGGUAUCAUUUGUUACUAACAUUUUUCAUGAAACGGUUACUGCAUCAGCAAUUGACAAAAAAUUAGCAGAUAUCUUCAAGUCCUCCACUGGUGUGGGAUCAAUUAUGGAUCUGUGUCCAUUUUCGAAAUUUUCAUUGGCUAUUGACACAGAUCUGCACGAAAAAAUUUUGCAUCAAGUCUUUGAUUCUAUUGAUGUGCUUAUCAUCGAUGAACUGCAUUCCUUUUUGACAGACUUUUUCAAUUCUGAUCAUGGUCCAGAGGGAUGGGAUAUUGCAGUAGAGUCAUUACAUGUUAGUAAUACAGAGCAUGAAAUUAUUGGAAAAACCAAAAAACUGCUUAAACCAACUUUGGUCCAUUUCUUCAAGGCAUUUUCAUUAAAUGCUCUUAAUCCUUUGCGCAACCUUGAGACAUUAGAGAAACCUUAUCUAAAUCGAUUUGUGCAUCCAAUAAUUGAUGCAGCACUUUGGAUAUUUGGGAGAACAAACUAUAUCUACGGAGAGAUUCCUUUACAAACAGAAAAAUCAUGCAUUCCUGCAUUUGCUGGUAUGGGUUAUUUUAGCUUAUACCUCGCUGGAAAAUUACAUGUAUUUGAUAGAAAAGGCUACACAUACAAAAGCUUUGUUGUGGUUACUCCUUUGGUCAUUGCUAUACUUAUUUGUAUUUCAAGAACUCAAGAUUAUCGUCAUCAUUGGCAAGAUGUGUUUGCAGGAAGUACUCUUGGUUUUAUAUUAGCAAUAUUUUCUUAUUAUCAAUACUACCCCAGCAUUCACUCACCAGUUUGUGAUAAACCAUACUCUGUCAGAUUAAAGAAAAAGGUACCUGGUCGUUCUGCAGAAUUUGAAUUUGCAGAUGGCUCUAAUUUCACAGUAAAAAUUACCAGGGAAGACGGCGGUCUUGUAUAUCAAGAUAAUAGGGCUCUUCUGAGUUAUGAUGCUGAUUCUUUAGACAAUAUUAGCAAAGCCUCUAGUUCUUCUAAUGUUUAA